UUAUGCCUUUCUUGAAUUGAUCUUGUGUAUUCUUGUGGCCAGCUUGAAUAAACGUGCGAAGAAAUCAUAAAGUGUCCGGUCCGAGCUUGGAGUAUUAUCAGAGCUUAUGACCAGACGUCUCCCCAGCUUGACUACCGCCUUGUCGAAAAGAGGAUCCAUUCUAUAUGCAGUUUGGCAUGCACUCCUUCUCUACACAAUGCUCUUUAGAUCAAACAAGUCCACUUUGUCGCGUUUGUAUCGCGUUUUCUCUGGUCUAACCAAGAGACGAGGCAAAACAUUACAAGUUGAGGGAUGUCGCGUGAUGUAUUCAGAAAUGGAAGUGCCAAAAGAGUGCAACGAUGUGAGCCAGUCCAAUCUAUGUCUAUUGAUGUCUGGAGAAACCAAAAGCGAAACCACAUCAGCCUUUUUCGGGCCACUUUUGUCCUCCUUCUUCAGUAUAUGUAGUAAACAUUCCGAGCAUCUUGACGGCAACGUGAGGAGUAUCCACGAAGCUCCUCCUGGCGGCGUAGAGACCUCCCGUGGCAGCUUUCGAGACGAGUAGGCGAUCUGCUGCGAGCAAGAUACUGGCGACGAGGAGGUCCGUUGCAGAGAGAUGCUUGCUGGUUGCGGUCGUUGCGUUGACUGGGAUUAGAAGGUCCAGGACCCAAUCCGUUCAGAUGAGCCGCGAAAAUACCAAGUUCUCGCCAGAA